AUGGUGUACUGUUCUGUGUUCCAGUGGUUAAAGGGUGUUACUAAAUUCUACUGAAUUAUUUUUAAUGCUAGUAGUAUAAACUCGGGGUUUUGCUUGAGCUAUUGUAACUAACUUCUGGGGUAUGUGCAAUUGGAUGAAGAUAGCACUUACUUUUGCUGCAGACAGAACGUAAAUAUCUACCUGAGCCUGGAAAGUGAGUUCUCUUUCUUGGAAGUGGCCAAGCCUCUCCCACACUGAGGCACGGGGCAUGCUGGUACAUUGGACUUGGAGACUUUCAAAGUUGGAGCUGAAAUGGAUGCUGGGUUGCUCCCACUCUGCUCCAGAGGUGGUGGCUUUGAGGUGUGACUCUGCCCACAUUUGGGCCCAGCCAGCACCAGCUCCUCAGUAAGGAGGGCCAGCUUGAUAAGACAGAAAACAGUGUGAACGAGUGAUACCAAGAGAAGAAAAAAAAAGAAGUGAAACAGACUAUCUCCUCCUCCACGUGGAUGAUAGCUAUAGCAAGGGAAAAUCUCAUAGUGUAUCAGUUGGGGCAGAAAAUGGAGUUCUAUGGCAGAGGCUUCUUAGAAGCUUAAACCCUUGUCCCAAUGACGUCAAGUUCGCCUAUUGGCUUGGAAGGUUCAGACUUGUCUUCCAUCAACACCAUGAUGUCAGCGGUAAUGAGUGUAGGGAAGGUCGCCGAGAAUGGUGGGAGCCCCCAGAGCAUCAAGUCCCCCACGAAGCCUCCAGGACCAAAUCGGAUUGGCAGAAGGAACCAGGAAACGAAAGAGGAGAAGUCUUCCUACAACUGUCCCCUGUGUGAGAAGAUCUGCACGACGCAGCAUCAAUUAACUAUGCACAUUCGUCAGAGCCAGACCUCUCUCAACUGUGCAGAUUUCAGAUCUUCCCUGACAGCAAGACGAGUCAUCAGACUUGAAAAUGAACAUGGACUUGAUCACAACACAGACACCGGAGGGGCAGACCACUCGUGCAGCAUCUGCGGGAAGUCUCUGAGUUCGGCCAGCUCCCUGGACCGCCACAUGCUGGUGCACUCUGGCGAGAGACCUUACAAGUGCACUGUGUGCGGCCAGUCAUUUACCACCAAUGGGAACAUGCACAGACAUAUGAAGAUUCACGAGAAAGACCCUAACAGUGCUGCAGCUGCAGCCCCGCCAUCCCCGCUGAAGCGCAGGCGGCUCUCCUCCAAAAGGAAGCUGAGUCACGAUGCCGAGUCGGAGAAGGAAGACCCAGCGCCUGCUAAAAAGAUGGUAGAAGAUGGGCAGUCAGGUGACCUGGAGAAGAAGGCUGAUGAAGUGUUUCACUGCCCGGUGUGUUUCAAGGAGUUUGUUUGCAAGUAUGGACUGGAGACCCACAUGGAGACCCACUCAGAUAACCCACUAAGAUGUGACAUUUGCUGCGUCACCUUUCGAACACAUCGAGGAUUACUACGCCACAAUGCGCUUGUUCACAAACAGCUUCCCAGAGACGCAGUGGGAAGGCCUUUCAUCCAGAACAACCCUUCCAUUCCUGCUGGCUUCCAUGAUUUAGGAUUCACUGACUUCUCCUGUAGGAAGUUUCCUCGGAUUUCUCAGGCCUGGUGUGAAACAAACCUGCGAAGGUGCAUCAGCGAGCAGCACCGUUUCGUCUGUGACGUCUGCGACAAGGCAUUUCCCAUGCUGUCCUCGCUCGCCCUGCACAAGCAGACCCAUGUCGCUGGGGACCAGGGACGGGAACGGCUGCAAGCCAAGACCCUACCUGGUGACGCCCUGGACCAGAAGGUCUUCCUGGCCUUGCUGGGCCUGCAGCACACCAAAGACAUCAAGCCUGUCCCGGCCGAGGAACCCCUGCCGGACGACAACCAAGCAAUACAGCUCCAGACACUCAAGUGUCAGCUACCUCAGGAUCCCGGCUGCACCAACAUGCUGAGGCUGUCUCCUUUUGAAGCUUCUUCCCUGGGUGGUUCUCUCACAGUCCUCCCAGCUACCAAGGAGAGUGUGAAGCACCUGUCCCUGCAGCCCUUCCAAAAGGGCUUCAUCAUCCAGCCCGACAGUAGUAUUGUGGUCAAGCCCAUCUCUGGGGAGUCGGCCAUUGAACUGGCUGACAUCCAGCAGAUCUUGAAGAUGGCAGCUUCAGCGCCCCCUCAAAUUAGUCUUCCGCCUCUCCCCAAGGCCCCUGUCGCCCCUCUGCAGGCGAUUUUCAAACACAUGCCCCCUCUGAAGCCAAAGCCCCUGGUCACACCACGGACGGUGGUGGCCACCUCAACACCCCCCCCUCUCAUCAAUGCCCAGCAAGCCUCCCCCGGCUGCAUUAGUCCCAGCCUGCCCCCACCGCCCCUAAAGCUCCUUAAAGGCUCUAUGGAGGUGGCUGCCAGCGCCCACCUGCUACAAUCCAAGUCUGGGUCCCAGCCACACACGGCCAUGCAGCUCUUCCUGCAGCAGCCACGAGUGGAGCUGCCUGGCCAGGCUGAGAUGAAGACGCAGUUAGAGCAGGACAGCAUCAUCGAGGCCCUGCUUCCCCUGAGCAUGGAGGCCAAGAUCAAGCAGGAGAUAACAGAGGGGGACCUCAAGGCCAUCAUGACAGGCCCUAGCAGCAAGAAAUCACCAGCCAUGCGAAAGGUACUCUAUCCCUGCCGCUUCUGCAACCAGGUGUUCGCCUUCUCGGGGGUGUUGCGCGCACACGUGCGCUCCCACCUGGGCAUCUCUCCAUACCAGUGCAACAUCUGCGACUACAUCGCAGCAGACAAGGCUGCGCUCAUUCGCCACCUGCGCACGCACAGUGGCGAGCGGCCCUAUAUCUGCAAGAUCUGCCACUACCCCUUCACUGUCAAGGCCAACUGUGAGCGGCACCUGCGCAAGAAGCACCUCAAGGCCACCCGGAAGGACAUCGAGAAGAACAUCGAGUAUGUGACCAGCAGCGCGGCCGAGAUGGUGGACGCCUUCUGCUCCCCAGACACGGUGUGCCGGCUGUGCGGCGAAGACCUGAAGCACUACCGAGCCCUGCGCAUCCAUAUGCGCACGCACUGUGGCCGCGGCCUGGGCGGCUGCCCCAAGGGCCACAAGCCCUUCGAAUGCAAGGAGUGCAGCGCCACCUUCUCGGCCAAACGCAACUGCAUCCACCACAUCCUUAAGCAGCACCUGCAUGUGCCAGAGCACGACAUCGAGAGCUAUGUCCUGGCAGCGGAUGGCCUAGGCCCCAAGGAGGCCCCCUCGGCUGAGGCCUCAGGGAGGAUGGAGGAGGGCAGUGGGGUCUUUGGCGAGCGCAAACCCCUCUCCAGCUUCCUGGAGUCCCAGAAUGGCUAUCUUCACACAGGCCCCACCCAGCUUCCACCUCCCCACGUCUCUGUCAAGCUGGAGCCAGCCAGCAACCUCUUAGUAGACUUCAACGAGCCUCUGGACUUCUCCCAGAAGGGCUUGGCCCUAGUCCAAGUGAAGCAGGAAAACACAGCCUUGUUCCUAAGCCCCUCUUCCUCUGCCCCCUAUGACUGCUCCAUGGAGCCCAUUGACCUGUCCAUCCCCAAGAACUUUAGGAAAGGAGACAAGGAUUUGGCUGCUCCCAGUGAAGCCAAGAAUCCUGAGCAGGAACCAGGGAGCAGGGAGCAAGCCUCUCCCUGUCCGCUGCCAUGCCCGACUCUGCCAGUGACCUUGGGGCCCAGUGGGAUCCUGGAAAAACCCUUGGCCCUUUCAGCAGCAGCCUCAACAGCCACUACUCUGGAAGCCCACGCUCAGCCCCUGCAGGGCUCCGUUCAGGUCGCUGUCCCCAUUUACUCAUCAGCCCUCAUCAACAGUUCCCCUCUCUUGGGCAACUCAGCCCUCAUCAGCAGCCCAGCCUUGCUGCGACCUCUGCGCCCCAAGCCCCCCUUGCUCUUGCCAAAGCCCCCUAUGACAGAAGAGCUGCCUCCACUGGCCUCCAUUGCCCAGAUCAUCUCAUCCGUGUCCUCAGCCCCCACCUUGCUCAAAACCAAGGUGGCUGACCCAGGGCCCACAAGCACCAGCAGUAACACCCCAGCUUCAGACAGCUUAGGAGGUACUGUCCCUGAAGUUGCCACUGACACCACUGGCCCAAAAGAAUCCAGCGACCCACCUCCUGCUGCCAACAGUCCAGAGGCAUCUUCACCCACUGAGCAGGGGCCGGCUGGCUUGUCCAAGAAGAGGGGCCGGAAAAGGGGGCUGAGGAGCCGACCCCGAGCCAGCAGUGACGGGGUGGACCUGGACUCCAGUGGGGAAUUUGCCAGCAUUGAGAAGAUGUUGGCCACCACAGACACCAACAAGUUCAGUCCAUUUCUGCAGACAGCAGAGGAUGAUGCUCAGGACGAGCUGGCCAGCGCCCCUGCUGACCACAAUGGGCCCAGUGACGAAGAGCAGGGCAGCCCCCCAGAAGACAAGCUGCUGAGGGCAAAGCGGAACUCUUAUGCCAGCUGCCUGCAGAAGCUCAAUUGUCCUCACUGCCCGCGAGUCUUCCCUUGGGCUAGCUCCCUCCAGAGGCACAUGCUCACACACACCGGUCAGAAACCCUUCCCUUGUCAAAAAUGCGAUGCCUUCUUUUCUACCAAAUCUAACUGUGAACGGCACCAGUUGCGCAAACACGGAGUUACCAACUGUUCCCUGAGAAGAAACGGGCUUAUUCCCCAGUCAAAAGAGAGUGAUGUUGGACCCCAUGAUAGCACAGACAGCCAGUCCGACGUGGAGACAUCAGCCACAGGAGGCGAAGUGCUGGACCUCACCUCUCGGGAGAAAGAGCAGCCAUGGUCAGGGGGGGGCCCUGAGCCCAGCCAGGUCAAAGAAGAGGUCCCCGUGGAGGAACUGACUCGGGGAGCCUUGGAGCCCGUGGAUGGGGAGGAGCGGGGAGCCGCGGAGAGCCUGGAGCCCGAGGAAAAGCGCUGUGUGGAGGAGAGGGACGAGGAGGAAGACGGCCCAGAGGAAGACACGGUCAGCAACAAGAGCCUGGACCUCAACCUUGCCAGCAAGCUGAUGGGCUUCAAGCUGGCCGAGGGCGACUCCAGUGCUGUGGGCAGCGGGAGCUCGGCCCAGCAGGACCAGAAACACACCUGCGACACCUGUGGCAAGAGCUUCAAGUUCCUCGGGACCCUGAGCCGCCACAGGAAAGCCCAUGGCCAUGAAGUGCCCAGGGAGGAGAGAGCACUCCCUCCGGAGGGCCAGGGCGAGAAGCGGGUAGCCGAAGGGUCGACGCCUGAACCCGCUGCCGUCACCACCGCUGCCCCUGACCUGGAGCCAGAGGAGAAGCCCGAGCCCCCGGCGGAGGGGGAGGCCGUGUCGGAAGGCUCAGCGGAGAAGCAGAGUGAGGAGGCCGAGGGCACCUCCGACGGGGAGGGCGCAGCCGAGAAGAAGGCCUCAGAGAAGAGUGACGAUGACAAGAAGCCAAAGACAGACUCCUCCAGAAGUUUGCCCAGCAAGGCAGACAAGAGGAAGAAGGUCUGCACCGUGUGCAACAAGAGGUUUUGGUCCCUACAGGACCUGACCCGGCACAUGAGGUCCCACACGGGAGAAAGGCCGUACAAGUGUCAGACCUGCGAGCGAACCUUCACCUUGAAGCACAGCCUGGUUCGCCAUCAGCGUGUCCACCAGAAAGCCAGGCAUGCCAAACAUCACGGGAAGGACAGCGACCGGGAUGAGCGGGCCGAGGAGGACAGUGAGAGCGAGUCCACCCACAGCGGCAACAACCCCGUCUCGGAGAGCGAGGCUGACUCGGCUCUGCCAGCCAGCAGCCACAUGGCUGCCACUCGGGGCCGGAAGGAGGGCCUGGCCGAGGGUGCCGGCCGCAGGGAGGGCAGGGCUGUGGGCCGGACGGCCGGUGCCGGGCAGGCUGAAGCCAGCAGGAGUGCUCCCAAGGCUGCUCCCACGGGCAGCCCCAAGGAGCAGGGGCCUCAGGGUGACCCUGACCCAGAGAGCCCCGUGGCCCUCAUGCAAGACCUGCUGGAGCGGAACAGCAAGAGGCCUGCCCACCCCAUCCUGGCCUCCACCGAAGGUGCCUCGCCUCUGCUGGGGAUGGAAUGACAGCCCCUCCUGUCCCCCAGCACGCAGACAAAAGCCAGCAGUGUCCUGAAUCUGUUUCUUGAGGUGUCCUCAGUGCCCUUCAGCUGUUGGAGAGACGAGGAGGGAGAGGGCCCUCUUGGUGCCAUAGCCUUACCGCGCCCGUGCGGAGACCAGCCCGGGCCGUUCGCGUGCCUUAACUACUUACGGUCCUUCAGUGUCGGCCUGGGUGUUGUGUUGUCCCAAAAUGACUUUUAAAAAACAAAGCAGAUAUUUUAAUGAAUUAUUUGGAGAGGACCUUGUUCAUUUAAGCAUUACCGUCACCUUCUGUGUUGGGUGUGUGCGCUUGUCCUCGCGGAUCUGUGACGGCAGCCUUUGUUGUGUGCGCUGGAAGCAGAAGGAAGAACGUGCCCUUGGACACCGUGGCCAAUAACUGGAAAAAAUGAUGUGAAUUUCAUGUAGGUCACCAGAGGAGAGAUGGAGGAGAUGCUCGUUUCUCAGACCUUUCUCUGUCUGCUGUAGGGUAGAGCUGUGAUUGGUCCUCGGUAUAGCAGGAUGUGGUGGGUAGAGGUUUCCAAUUCGGUUCAGGCCAAAACCAGGACAGAUUCUAGCUUCGACCUCAUACGUGUUUCCACUCUCAGCAUUAGACAUGCUAUUUCAUGUUCAAGUUUCAAGACGUUUGUUCUUAACUUAGAAGAGUUACCCUGGCAACUUAAUCUAUGGAGAAUACACACAGAUGUCAUGUAUCUGAUUUCCCCCCCGUCAGUAUAUAUAUUAUUAAUAUUAUUAUUAUUAUUAUUAUUAGUUCAUCAGUUUGCUGGUCUCUGCAGUCAGCAGAAACGAAUGGGCAAUAUUUGUCCUGGAGACCUGGGUGCCCCAGGCCCUCGUGUGCGUGUCUGCCCGCAGCUUCCUUGCCACCCUCGGGCGGGGCUCUUCUACUGUACUUAGACAGCCUUUCUCCCGACUGCAGAACCCGCAGGGGCCUCCGCACACCCGAGGGAGCGGGAGGGUGCGUGCAGCCGGCCUUCUGCCCCAGCCUCCCGCGUGUGCUGCUGUCGUUUGCAAAGUGAGGAAAUACUACUGGUAAUGAAACUGCACAUGCAAGAUUGAAGAUGAGAAAUAGGUUUAUAUUUACCUUCCUGCGAUUUGGGAUUGGUGCUUGAAGAUAAAUGUGUUGUUUCUAGUUUCUGAAAUAACCUGAACCCCUGGGUGCAAAAAGGCAGGAUUUAUUUAAAAAAAAAAAAAAAAAAAAA